UGCUUCCAGCGAGGCGCCGCGUCCCCAUCAGCUGUUCCAGCAGCGUGCAGCAGCAGCGGUGCUGCAGGGAAGCGGUGAACAGUCCUUACACCCCGUUACCCCCGAAUAGUCUAUGUAGAUUUCCCACUCUGUGUCAGUGAAAGAAGAGAUGAAGAUGAGGUGUUGCUCACGGCUGGAGCGCCUUCUCUGCUGCGUCCUUAUUCUCGUCAGUCCAGCUGCAUCGCGGUGGCCAGAAGACAGUGCAGUGUCCCUGCUACAGCUGAUUGGGGAUCCUCCACCAAAUGAGAUCACCCAGAUCUAUGGGCCCGACAACAGCCCCGGCUUUGUCUUCGCCCCCGAUGCCAACACGGGCCAGUUGGCCCGUGCCCACCUGCCGAACCCAUUCUACAGAGACUUCGCCCUCAUCUUCAACCUUAAACCCACCUCUGACAAGGGUGGCGUCAUCUUCUCUGUCACAGAUGCCUCACAGCAGAUCAUGUAUGUGGGUGUUAAACUGUCAGCCGUGCAGGGCAGCAACCAGAAUGUCAUCCUGUACUACACAGAGCCUGACUCACAGCAGUCGUAUGAGGCCGCCAGGUUCCUUGUGCCCUCUAUGAGGGAUACCUGGACUCGAUUUGCCAUCGCUGUAAGGGAUGACAAGGUGAUGUUCUACCUCAACUGUGACAUAGACCCUCAGGUGAUGCGCAUUGAGAGGUCCCCGGACGAGAUGGAGCUGGAGGCCGGUGCUGGGGUCUUUGUUGGGCAAGCUGGAGGAGCCGAUCCUAAUAAGUUUCUGGGGGUGAUCGGUGAGCUGAGGGUGGUGGGAGACCCCCGUGCUGCUGAGAGGCACUGUGAAGAGGAUGAGGAUGACUCGGAUAUGGCGUCAGGGGAAGGAAGCGCCUAUGAGGAAUCCAGAACCACAAAAUCACCCAUGGAGAAACAUAUAUGGACGACCACUCCCAAGUCUUCCCAGCCCAUUCCGCCACCUCUGACAAGGAAAGAGGAGGUUUCGAAUGCAAGAGAAACAGGGCCAGUUGGAACUAAAGGAGAAAAGGGCGACAAAGGGGAGAGAGGAGACAAAGGAGACAGGGGUCCAAUAGGGCCGAAGGGAGAAUCCGGCUCCAGCACUGGCUCCAGCUCACGGGGUGGAGCCCGUGGAGAGAAGGGGGAACCAGGGGAAAAGGGAGCAAAGGGCAGUGCAGGCUUUGGCUACCAAGGAAACAAGGGAGAACCUGGCCCUGCUGGCCCCCCUGGCCCCCCUGGCCCUCCAGGGCCCGCAACUGAGUUUUCAGUAGGCAGUGACGGCUCAGUUGCUUCAACAGUCCCGGGACCCCGAGGACCAGCUGGACCACCUGGCUCCCCGGGCCCCCAGGGACCACCAGGAGCUGAUGGAGAGCCAGGUGAUCCUGGGGAGGAUGGAAAAACGGGUGCUGAUGGACCUCCAGGCUUCCCAGGAACCCCAGGUGACCCUGGACCUAAAGGAGAGAAGGGAGACCGUGGUGAGGGUCAACCUGGACCCAGGGGACCUCCGGGACCUCCAGGACCAGGAUUCAGAUCUACUUUUGUGGACAUGGAAGGAUCAGGGUUCCCUGAUUUGGAAUCUGUUCGGGGACUGCCUGGUCUGCCCGGCCCCCCUGGUCCCCCUGGUCCUCCUGGUCCCUCUACAGCAGGCACAGCAAUGGGUUCUGGGGCGUUCGGACCACCAGGAAAGGACGGGGCGCCCGGUAAACCUGGCUUGCCUGGUUUGCCCGGUAAAGAUGGUGUCUCUGGAGUUCCUGGUCCCAAAGGAGAAAAGGGUGAUUCAGGUGAGCUGGGUUUACCUGGAGCAGUUGGACAGAAGGGAGCUCAAGGAGACUCUGGUUUACCAGGGCCUGCAGGAGAGCCCGGACUGGCUGGUCUGCCUGGACCUAUUGGACCAGUUGGGCCACCUGGGCCUCCCGGGCCUCCUGGACCGAGUUAUCGGGUUGGAUUUGAUGACAUGGAGGGCUCUAGUGGAGGUUUUACCAAUGGACUUCCUGGUAUCAGAGGACCAGAAGGAAAACAGGGUCCUCCUGGCUUGCCUGGACUUCCGGGUAAACCUGGGUUCCCGGGUAUUUUAGGUCAGAAGGGCAAUGAAGGUCCUGUAGGAAGAGAUGGGCAACCUGGAUUGGAUGGCUUCCCUGGACCUCAGGGACCAAAGGGUGAGAAAGGGGACAAAGGAGAGAGGGGUGACGCAGGUCGAGAUGGAACCGGACUCCCAGGUCCACCCGGCCCACCUGGACCACCAGGACAAAUCGUCUACCAGACAUCCGGCAAUUUUGAUGGUGGUGUUGGCAGGGUUGGGUCUCAGGGAGGACCUGGUUUACCUGGUCAAGCUGGAUUCCCUGGUCCUAUGGGACCAAAGGGUGACAGAGGAGAACCCGGCCAUCCAGGCUCUGCAGUGAAGGGUGAGAAAGGUGAGCCUGGCUUAGUGAUCGGACCGGAUGGAAAUCUUCUGUCUCUGGAUGGGCUUAGAGGUCUGAAGGGAGACAGAGGACCUCCUGGACCUGUUGGACCCCCUGGUCCGUAUGGGCCUGCAGGAUUAAAGGGUGAAAUGGGAAUGCCAGGAAGACCUGGUCGCCCUGGUGUAAAUGGAUACAAGGGUGAGAAAGGAGAGGGAGGAGCCGGCUACGGCUACCCAGGAGUCCCUGGCCAGCCAGGGCCACCUGGACCACCUGGACCCCCUGGGCCAGCUGUUCCCUUAGAUCGCUUCAAUCGCUAUGAUGAAACUUCAAGGAGUUACCAAGCAAUUAAAGGGGAAAAAGGAGAGCGUGGUGAUCAAGGAAUCCCAGGAACAGCCUCUAAUUUUGACAUUUACACAUUCAAGAAUGAACUGAAGGGAGAGCGUGGAGACUCAGGUGUGAAGGGAGAAAAGGGAGAGCCUGGUGGUGGAUAUUAUGAUCCACGUUAUGGAGGAGUACAAGGCCCACCGGGGCCUCCUGGCAAACCAGGCCUGCAGGGUCCAAAAGGAGAUUCCGUAAUGGGCCCUCCUGGACCCCAGGGGCCAUCAGGACCACCAGGAAUUGGUUACGAUGGGCGCCCAGGUCCUCCAGGACCACCUGGACCUCCAGGACCCCAAGGAUCACUUCCUGAAGCACCCAAUCACUCCGUCAUUGUUCCCGGACCUCCUGGUCCUCCUGGUGCACCUGGAAGUCCUGGUGUCUCCUCUGGGGUUACAGUUUUGAGGUCAUAUGACACAAUGGUUGCCACUGCCAGACGGCAGACAGAGGGCAGCCUCAUCUACAUCAUAGACAGAGCAGACCUCUAUUUGAGAGUACGCGAUGGACUGCGGCAAGUCAUGCUUGGAGAGUACAGUCCCUUCUUCAGAGAUCUGGAGAACGAGGUGGCAGAGGUCCAGCCUCCACCUGUGAUUCUGUACCCCCAGUCCCAGGACCAGUCCCAGUCCCACAGCAACGGAGCUGGCCAUUACUCCCAGGGAGCUUCCAUUCGACCCAUUCAGCCGCCACCACACCCCCCUGUAGACCCCAGAUACCCCCCUCACUAUGAUCCCAGAUUCCCAGACACGAGACACACAGGUCAGACAGAUGGAAGACUGGCCACCCAGCAGACUGAGGACAGAUACCCUGUCACUCCGCAGCGACGACCCAGCCCACCUGUACUGCAGCCCCAUGUGGACACAGCAGGAUCGGGACUUCAUCUCAUCGCCUUGAACGCCCCUCACACUGGUAACAUGCGAGGAAUUCGCGGGGCAGACUUCCUGUGCUUCCAGCAGGCCCGCGCUAUAGGCCUGAAGGGGACCUUCAGAGCUUUCCUGUCCUCCAAACUUCAGGACCUCUACACCAUUGUCCGCAGGUCGGACCGGGAGAGCGUGCCCAUCGUGAACCUCAAGGACCAAUUAUUGUUCAGCAGUUGGGAGUCUAUGUUCGGUGACAAUGCAAGCAAAAUGAGGGAGAAUGUACCUAUCUACUCCUUUGAUGGUAGAGACAUCCUCAGGGAUAGCGCAUGGCCAGAGAAAAUGGUCUGGCAUGGAUCAAGCAACAAAGGCCACCGGCAAACAGACCAGUACUGCGAAACAUGGCGGGCGGGCGACCGCGCUGUGACUGGUCUGGCAUCAUCACUACAGAGCGGCCACCUCCUGCAGCAAUCCUCCAGUAGCUGUUCUGGCUCCUACAUCGUCUUGUGUAUUGAGAACGCCGCAACAUCACACUCCAAAAAAUAAAUCCCGUUCAUCCUCCUUUUUUUUUUCCUUCUGGGCCCCAGUUAAACACAGUUUUAUUUCCCUGAUAACACGCCUCGUGAAAAUGUGGUGUUCGAUGAACUGGCCCUACGGCUCUUCGCCUGGCAGAGAUGCUUUGCGUCUUCUGUUCCUCCCCACCACGAACGCCAAAGAGACAGAGGGGUGUUGGUCCUUUUUCUCGGGGGCAUUGGCACAUAUUUUCUCCAAGGGGUGGAACGUGAGAGGAGAAGCUAAACGCGUUCUCAAAUUGUAUCCAUUUUUUUUUAUUCUGUAUAUUACAUGUUUGACAUUUGUGAUUUUUUUUUUUUUUUGGAUGUUAUCAGUGUUUUACCUUUUGAACUGUUUAUAAAAAUGCUAUAUCCAUCCUGUUUUUAUUUUAGAUAUUGAUCAUUUCCACAUUUUUUUCCAAUUUCAUUUACCAAUUGUGGGUUACGACGGGGUACAGCAAACUUUAAAAGACUAUUUUAAAUUUAAAGAAGAUAAUAGAUAUUUAUUUUUAAAUGAAGUUAUGUAAGGACAAAAACAAUUUUUGGGAAAAUAAAAACAAAGCUACAUACCCACCAUUUAUAUUCACAGCUACACCGCACAGAACUUUUCAUUCUUUUCAAAACAUCUUCUAAUCAGAAACUGUGCCUUAUUACACAACCAGGACUGCUUUAAAUAAAUAAGCUCAAAUACUGAACCACUUCUUUUGUACGCAUUAUUCUACACAUAUGUAAAGGUUACAGCGUUUUUUGCUCAAAUGCAUUCAGAUGCUUUAACUUCACGCUAAAUUUAAAUGAUCUUACUGGACACAGACACUACUGUAAUGAAAAAUCCCACAUCCAGAGGGCCAGAUUCCUUCUAGCUGAAAUUGAGCCUUUUGAAUUUGAUUAUUUCCCUUUUUGCCACUUUAGAGAAACCUAUCUGUGAGUAAGCUGGAUGUGAUUAGUUUGCUGCUAAUCUUUGUUGGAGUGAUUGCUGUCACGAGUGUUAGCAGUAUGUUAAGGAGACAUUGAAUUUCAGAGACGACCCUGGCCUUAGUGCUAUGAUGUCUUGACUGAACCUGUGGAUAUCCAUUUUUAUAACAAAUUGUGCUGUACUGUUUCUCCCAGGCACUGAAUUAAAGUCUUUUUCAACUACAA